AGCUGGAAGUACUCUGUGUCCCUAAGGCAGCACUCCUAUGCUGACCUCCAACUGCUAAUGGGCUCCGUGCAGCAGGGACAACCCUCUGCACAGUCCAGACCUGAGGGCAGAUGGCAGGUGACCUGGGGGUGAAGUGUUAUGUAUGGAGCAGGGCAGCUCCCUGUCUGGGAUCACUUUUCUUAGAGGAAGCCUCCUGCCUAUUGUCCUGCUCCUGCACUUCCCUCCUCGGACCUGGCAACCUCAGGUGGGAAGGCUGCAUUGAGGCUGCAGGCUUGGUCAAGAGAAGCAGGACCCUGGUGCGAAGGGAAAUGAGCCUGGACGGCAUACCUGUCACCUGCCCCAGGACUAGUGCCCCUCCAAGCCAGAGAGCCCAGAUAGCCCUCAGUGGGGCUGGUGAGAGUCACAGUUCUCCGCACGUGGCCAGGAAGUUGAGCAAGAGUAACCCAACCACAUAAGGUAUGGUGCAAACCUGGAAACUUCUGAGAGCAAAGGGAUGCUCUUAGUUGUUAGGCGGGGGCCGCCCAGCAGAGCCAGGACGGUGGCCACCCUAGUCUAGAGCCUUCCACUUUAGCAAGGUAGAAUCCAAGGGCCCCAGAAGGGAACAGACUCCAUCUGGGUCGCCUAAGCAGGUGAGAGAGGAAAACCCAACCACAGUCGCGCCCCAGCCCUCGCAGGUCCCUGGCUGAGGACUCCCCUCUCCACCUCAGGCUGGGCGGCCCACGCCUUCACGCUUGCUCCCACUUGUCCCUCGUUCUUGCUAGGCUUGGCAGGUAUUUGUUCCCCGCUCCUUCACGCUCUCAGUGCCGUGGCCACGUCGCUGGGUACGCCCCACCAGGCAAGAGACAUUUUCCGUCUUGUUCUCUGCCACGUCCCCAGAGCCUGGAACAGUGCUUGGCACAGAGUGGACGCUCAUUCGUGGAGUAAGUGCCUGAUGGAUAAUCCAUCACUUGCUUUUCUAGUAUGAAUGGUCUGUUUACGGGUCCAGCGCCCCUGCUGGCUUACGACCUUUUCCAGGGCGGGGAGGGGCUGUCCUCAUCUCUGUGACCCCAGCGCUCAGCCCAAGGCCUGGCACAGAGUAAGUGCUCAACCACAUUUUGGUGAAUGAGUGAAUGGAAGCGGCCCAGCAACCCUGAGCCAAGGAGCCACUGUGGGGCAGGUCAGGGCGGUUCCUGGCACAGGGCUUCCCACUAGCCUGGCCACCAGCUCUGCGGUCUCCUGGAAGCUGGGGGGCGUUUGGGUAAGGGAGAAGAGUGGCCAGGACUUGUCUGCGUGUGCCCUGUGACGGUGGGAUAGAGACAGCGAUUGGAUUGAGGAACGGGAGGUUCCCCGAGGCCGUUUAGAGAGGCGGGAGCGGGAGCUGGUCAGGGAGGCUGGACAGACCACCCGAGGGAGCGGAGCUUGGGCACGAAAGCCAAAACUGGGCGGCGCGGGGCGGGUGGGGAAGGCCGGCUGAGAAAGCCGGGAUUGCCUCCUGGUGUCAAAGCUCGGAACUGCAGCAGGAUCCUGGGGGCGGGGCUUGUGUUCAGCAGCACUCGCCACGCGCCCAGCCCUCAGCCCUCGUCUCGCCUUCUGCUGGCUGGCCUGGCGACGUUGUGCGCCAGCGUACGCGGGGCUCUGAGAACCCGGAAGUUACGUUUUAGGCCCGCGUCACGGGGGCGGGAGUCAGCUGAGCUGCCGGGGCGAGGUUGGGAUCACCUGGCACCGGCUGAAGGGAGCCUGUGAUUUUUUUGUAGCGGGGGCGGGGAGUAGGGUGCAAGACUGCGCCAGAUUCAAGGACGAGGGCUGCCCUAUUAUCUCGCUGCAUAAGGCAAGAGCAAGAGGAUCCUCAGGAUUUUAAAGAGGAGGCGACGGCUGCAGGUUCCCAGGAUCUGUCAGAGGCUGGGGAGUUACAGCUUCCAUUCUGGGGCGACGGGGACCCCGGGGGGGUAGCCCUUUUGUAAUCCCCAGGCCCCGGACAAAGAGCCCAGAGGCCGGGCACCAUGGCGUCCAUCCUGGAUGAGUACGAGAACUCGCUGUCCCGCUCGGCCGUCUUGCAGCCCGGCUGCCCUAGCGUGGGCAUCCCCCACUCGGGGUAUGUGAAUGCCCAGCUGGAGAAGGAAGUGCCCAUCUUCACAAAGCAGCGCAUUGACUUCACCCCUUCCGAGCGCAUUACCAGUCUUGUCGUCUCCAGCAAUCAGCUGUGCAUGACCCUGGGCAAGGAUACACUGCUCCGCAUUGACUUGGGCAAGGCAAAUGAGCCCAACCACGUGGAGCUGGGACGUAAGGAUGACGCAAAAGUUCACAAGAUGUUCCUUGACCAUACUGGCUCUCACCUGCUGAUUGCCCUGAGCAGCACGGAGGUCCUCUACGUGAACCGAAAUGGACAGAAGGUACGGCCACUAGCACGCUGGAAGGGGCAGCUGGUGGAGAGUGUGGGUUGGAACAAGGCACUGGGCACGGAGAGCAGCACAGGCCCCAUCCUGGUCGGGACUGCCCAAGGCCACAUCUUCGAAGCAGAGCUCUCAGCCAGCGAAGGUGGGCUUUUCGGCCCUGCUCCGGAUCUCUACUUCCGCCCAUUGUACGUGCUAAAUGAAGAAGGGGGUCCAGCACCUGUGUGCUCCCUUGAGGCCGAGCGGGGCCCUGAUGGGCGUAGCUUUGUUAUUGCCACCACUCGGCAGCGCCUCUUCCAGUUCAUAGGCCGAGCAGCAGAGGGGGCUGAGGCCCAGGGUUUCUCAGGGCUCUUUGCGGCUUACACGGACCACCCACCCCCAUUCCGUGAGUUUCCCAGCAACCUGGGCUACAGUGAGUUGGCCUUCUACACCCCCAAGCUGCGCUCCGCACCCCGGGCCUUUGCCUGGAUGAUGGGGGAUGGUGUGUUGUAUGGGGCAUUGGACUGUGGGCGCCCUGACUCUCUGCUGAGCGAGGAGCGAGUCUGGGAGUACCCAGAGGGGGUAGGGCCUGGGGCCAGCCCACCCCUAGCCAUCGUCUUGACCCAGUUCCACUUCCUGCUGCUACUGGCAGACCGGGUGGAGGCAGUGUGCACACUGACCGGGCAGGUGGUGCUGCGGGAUCACUUCCUGGAGAAAUUUGGGCCGCUGAAGCACAUGGUGAAGGACUCCUCCACAGGCCAGCUGUGGGCCUACACUGAGCGGGCUGUCUUCCGCUACCACGUGCAACGGGAGGCCCGAGAUGUCUGGCGCACCUAUCUGGACAUGAACCGCUUCGAUCUGGCCAAAGAGUAUUGUCGAGAGCGGCCCGACUGCCUGGACACGGUCCUGGCCCGGGAGGCCGAUUUCUGCUUUCGCCAGCGUCGCUACCUGGAGAGCGCACGCUGCUAUGCCCUGACCCAGAGCUACUUUGAGGAGAUUGCCCUCAAGUUCCUGGAGGCCCGACAGGAGGAGGCUCUGGCUGAGUUCCUGCAGCGAAAACUGGCCAGUUUGAAGCCAGCCGAACGUACCCAGGCCACACUGCUGACCACCUGGCUGACAGAGCUCUACCUGAGCCGGCUUGGGGCUCUGCAGGGCAACCCAGAGGCCCUGACCCUCUACCGAGAAACCAAGGAAUGCUUUCGAACCUUCCUCAGCAGCCCCCGCCACAAAGAGUGGCUCUUUGCCAGCCGGGCCUCUAUCCAUGAGCUGCUCGCCAGUCAUGGGGACACAGAACACAUGGUGUACUUUGCAGUGAUCAUGCAGGACUAUGAGCGGGUGGUGGCUUACCACUGUCAGCACGAGGCCUACGAGGAGGCCCUGGCCGUGCUCGCCCGCCACCGUGACCCCCAGCUCUUCUACAAGUUCUCACCCAUCCUCAUCCGUCACAUCCCCCACCAGCUUGUAGAUGCCUGGAUUGAGAUGGGCAGCCGGCUGGAUGCUCGUCAGCUCAUCCCUGCCCUGGUGAACUACAGCCAGGGUGGUGAGGUCCAGCAGGUGAGCCAGGCCAUCCGCUACAUGGAGUUCUGCGUGAACGUGCUGGGGGAGACUGAGCAGGCCAUCCACAACUACCUGCUGUCACUGUAUGCCCGUGGCCGGCCGGACUCACUACUGGCCUAUCUGGAGCAGGCUGGGGCCAGCCCCCACCGGGUGCAUUACGACCUCAAGUAUGCGCUGCGGCUCUGCGCCGAGCAUGGCCACCACCGCGCUUGUGUCCAUGUCUACAAGGUCCUAGAGCUGUAUGAGGAGGCCGUGGACCUGGCCCUGCAGGUGGAUGUGGACCUGGCCAAGCAGUGUGCAGACCUGCCUGAGGAGGAUGAGGAAUUGCGCAAGAAGCUGUGGCUGAAGAUCGCACGGCAUGUGGUGCAGGAAGAGGAAGAUGUACAGACAGCCAUGGCUUGCCUGGCUAGCUGCCCCUUGCUCAAGAUUGAGGAUGUGCUGCCCUUCUUUCCUGAUUUCGUCACCAUCGACCACUUCAAGGAGGCGAUCUGCAGCUCACUUAAGGCCUACAACCACCACAUCCAGGAGCUGCAGCGGGAGAUGGAAGAGGCUACAGCCAGUGCCCAGCGCAUCCGGCGAGACCUGCAGGAGCUGCGGGGCCGCUACGGCACUGUGGAGCCCCAGGACAAAUGUGCCACCUGCGACUUCCCCCUGCUCAACCGCCCUUUUUACCUCUUCCUCUGUGGCCAUAUGUUCCAUGCUGACUGCCUGCUGCAGGCUGUGCGACCUGGCCUGCCAGCCUAUAAGCAGGCCCGGCUGGAGGAGCUGCAGAGGAAGCUGGGGGCUGCUCCACCCCCAGCCAAGGGCUCUGCCCGGGCCAAGGAGGCCGAGGGUGGGGCUGCCACAGCAGGGCCCAGCCGGGAACAGCUCAAGGCUGACCUGGAUGAGUUGGUGGCCGCUGAGUGUGUGUACUGUGGGGAGCUGAUGAUCCGCUCUAUCGACCGGCCAUUCAUCGACCCCCAGCGCUACGAGGAGGAGCAGCUCAGUUGGCUGUAGGAGGGUGUCACCUUUGAUGGGGGGUGGGCAAUGGGGAGCAGUGGCUUGAACCCACUUGAGAAGGCUGCCUCCUAGGCUCUGCUCAGUCAUCUUGCAGUUGCCACACUGUGACCACGUUGACGGGAGUAGAGUAGCGCUGUUGGCCAGGAGGUGUCAGGUGUGAGUGUAUUCUGCCAGCUUUUCAUGCUGUUCUUCAGAGCUGCAGUUAUGCCAGACCAUCAGCCUGCCUCCCAGUAGAGGCUCUUCACCUGGAGAAGUCAGAAAUCUGACCCAAUUCCACCCCCUGCCUCUAGCACCUCUUCUGUCCCUGUCAUUCCCCCACACACGUCCUGUUCACCUCGAGAGAGAGAGAGAGAGAGCACCUUUCUUCCGUCUGGUCACUCUGCGGCCUCUGGAACCCCAGCUCUUCUCUCUCAGAAGAAGCCUUCUCUUCCUCCUGCCUGUAGGUGUCCCAGAAGUGAGAAGGCAGCCUUCGAAGUCCUGGGCAUUGGGUGAGAAAGUGAUGCUAGUGGGGGCAUGCUUUUGUGCACACUGUCUGGGGCUCCAGUGUGAAGGGUGCCCUGGGGCUGAGGGCCUUGUGGAGGAUGGUCGGUGGUGGUGAUGGAGGUGGAGAGCAUUAAACUGUCUGCACUGCA